CAUUCGCUCGAACUCUCAAGUGUACUGAUUGUUUAAUGAUGGGACAAAAGACCUAAGUACACCAACUUCGUUCUUGUUUGGAACCAACACAAAGGCACCUAAAAAAAAAAUUUUCUGGGGGUGACGUCUUCUGGUUUCUCCUCAGGAGGGAUAAGUGUUACUCUUGAAGGGGUUUCAAAAGCAAAAACUGGAAAUUAUUGGAUUUGUAUCCACUCAGCUGAGAGUACGUAUAAACAAUGGUUGAGGGUGUGUGCGAGCUCGUUGGCUUUUGCCUGGGUGUCGUGGGUCUGAUCGGUGCUUCAGCUGUAACGGGUCUCCCCAUGUGGAAGGUGACGGCGUUCAUCCAGGAGAACAUCAUCGUCAUGGAGACACGCUGGGAAGGUUUAUGGAUGAACUGCUACCGCCAGGCUAACAUCCGCAUGCAGUGCAAAGUGUAUGAUUCGUUGCUCUAUCUGCCUCCUGAGCUUCAGGCUGCCCGAGGUCUGAUGUGCUCCUCUGUGGCACUGAGCUUUCUGGGAUUGUUGGCAUCCUUGCCUGGCUUGCAUAGCAUUUCCUGUUUUCUGGAUCAACCACGAAUUAAAUCUCUCAUUAUUGCAGUCGCUGGGUCAAUGGAGAUCAUGGCUGCCAUUUGUGUCCUCAUUCCUGUGUCCUGGACAGGUCAUUCCAUCAUUCAGGACUUUUAUAACCCACUCUUACUGGAUGCCCAACGCAGGGAACUUGGUGAGGCUCUUUACAUUGGCUGGGUCACUGCUUUCAUCCUCUUUUCCUCUGGUGUUGUCUUCCUUGCAUGCCGGAGUUACCAAUCAAAUCAACCCUACCAGCCUGUUUACACCCCCAAUAGAAUGAAUAUGUCACAUUUCCAAUCCAUCACACCAACCCCAAGCUCAAUUAGCUCAAUUUCUCGUCAGCCUCUGUUUCUGAGCCACAGCUUUUCUUCUCAGCAGCCUUCUCCUUUGGCAUACAAUGUCCCUGCAGCACCUCCUGGUGGCCAGAUUCCACUCUACAAUGUUCCUGUGGUUUAUCCUGCUAACAUGAUGCCUGCUAAGCACCAUCCAUCUCUGCACAGCUCGCACAACUCAGGGAUAACCUCCAUACCAAUAAAACCCCUCCAUUCAGGCACAUACUCUGUCCACCCCACUCUCCAAUCCAUACCUUCUGAUGCAGGGUAUGAUGGGAACUUUGGCACUGCUGUUCAGCCCACCGUACCUCUACCACCGAUGGUUGGGAACAAACAGUGGAACACCAGAUCACACCAGCUCUCCAAUACACACUCAAGUUCAGGAAUGCUUAUAUGAACACGGACAAGCUUUAAAGCAUUGUAAAUAUACAUAUUCUGUCGAAAUAAUGAUGCAAUACCUGUACUUACCACAAAGAACUUCAUUAGCUAUUAAACACUAGCCAAAAGAAUCAUGAAAUCAAACUAUAGUCUGUGGGUGAUAUUCAGAUUCUGGGACUUAAAUCCAAAAAUUACAUAUUUAUGCAGCAAAAAGUUUCUCAUAUUCAGAGUCGGCUUAUGCAGCUGCCCAAGUCGAUUUUCUGUUGGUUUUUUUUUUUUUUGGUUGGUUUUUUUUGUUUGUUUUUUGAGAAACAAUCUGCAUCUCAGACAUUACCAGUGUCCAAGAUGAGGUUUUUCAAUAGCAUCUAGACCACUGCCUUUAAACACAAGACCUUGCUUUUUUACCUUGCUGUCCUCGUCAUAAUUAUGACAUAAAUUACUGCAGAUUUAACAAUAUGGCUUCCACUCUGGUUAUUCAGCAGGUAUGAAGGCAAGGCAAGGCAAGUUUAUUUAUAUAGCACAUUUCAUACACAGUGGCAGUUCAAUGUGCUUUACAGAAGUAAAAGCAAAACAGUAAACAAUAGAAAAUAAAAUUACAUAAAAUAAAUGGGGAAGAAGAGAGAAAAAAUAAUAAGAAUUAAACAAUAGUAGAAAUAAAAUAAUAAAAUGAAGUAAAAGUUCAGUAAAAAAAACCAGCAGAAUAAAAUAGAAUAAAAGUUAAGUAAAGUUUAAAACAUGUAAAGAUGAUGAUAUUUAUCAGUUAGCAGAAAGCAUCUGAAAACAGCUUGGUCUUUAGUCUAGAUUUGAAGCUGCCAACAGCAGGAGCAUUUUUGAUGUCCUCUGGCAGUUGGUUCCAUAGCUGUACUGCAUAGUAGCUAAAAGCUGCUUCACCACACUUUGUUUUAACAACAGGUUUUACCAGUAAAUUUUGCUGCUGCGAUCUGGUAGAUCUGAUUGGGUUAGGCCACUGCAACAUAUCAGAGAGGUACAGUAAUUAGGCCCUGUACCAUUUAGAGAUUUGUACACCAGCAGCAAUGCUUUAAAGUCAAUUCUGUAGCUUACUGGAAGCCAGUGAAGGGACCUUAGAAUUGGAGUAAUGUGCUCUGUUCUUUUUGUUCGUGUGAGAACCCUAGCCGCUGCAUUUUGAACCAGCUGAAGUCGUUUGAUGGUCUUUUUUGGCAGGCCUGUGAAAAGGCCAUUGCAGUAAUCAACCCUACUAGAGAUGAAGGCAUGUAUAAGUUUUUCCAGAUCAUGUUUUGACAUAAGUCCUCUUAGUUUGGAAAUGUUUUUUAGGUGAUAAAAUGCCGAUUUAGUGAUUGCUUUCAUGUGACUGUCAAAGUUUAGCUCGCUGUCAAUGAAAACACCAAGGUUUUUAACCAUAUCUUUUGUUUUAAUCCACUUUGUGUCAAGAAUAGUGGUAAUCCUGAGUGGUAAUCCUGAGUUGUUGAUUUCAUCUUUUUUUCCCAAAUAGAAUUACUUCUGUUUUAUCUGUGUUCAGCUGAAGAAAAUUUUGUGAUAUCCAGUUGUUGAUUUGGUCGAUACACUGGUAGAGACAUUCAAGGGGGGCAUAAUCAUUAGGUGAUAGAGCAAAAUAAAUUUGGGCGUCAUCUGCAUAGCAGUGAUACAAAAUUGAGUUGUUCUUGAUAAUUUGUCCAAGUGGGGGCAUAUAAAGGUUGAAGUAGCACCUGAUCCAGCACAUCCAGACAGUGAUUUAAUAAAUGUAAUGAACUACUCAUAAUGCAUGUACAUGAUGCUGACAAUUUUAUCACACUCACAUUCUAGACUCUACUCUGAAGUCUAUAUGAAUAAGAAUAUUCUUCCGUGUAUAUGAAUAUUCUUCUUAUAUACUGUUCUCCUCAUGUUUUUCUUAUUGUUGUGAUGCCAUAUGAGUAACACGCAGUAACACACUGUAGUGUGUUAUUCGUAAUUGUGUCUAUUAAUUUCACUCAGAAAGAACACAAUGUUAUAAAACAAAAAUAUGUUAAUGGUAUGCAUGUUCAUUUUUUCUUUAUUCUUCAAAUUAUCUUUUUGGCUGGUUUUGAUUUCUGAUGGAACAUUAUUGCAGGACGUUGUCCCCCAUUCCAAGGAAUUUUACUGUAAAAUGUCAUUAAUUUUUUUUCAUAAGAAAUCUUUUUGUCUAAUUAACUUCAAAAGAGAAGCAAAGAAGUGUCCUACUUAUAUCCUAUUUAAAAUACGUACUUAAGAAAAAGCAUUUGUGCCUGUUUUAACCUACUUUACCCUGAA